ACAGCUUGGAUACUUCAAAAAGUAAUUUCAAAAUGGCGCGCGAUACAGCGAGCUGUAAACAAGAAAUAGAUAACAUAACCAAACCAUAGAAACAUGUAGGACAGCAUAAUACAAGAUCAGAGUUAUGCAGAAUAGAUGGGAUUCGCUUAGGAACAAGUUUCAAGCGAAAAAUGUGGAUUUGGAUGCUGAAUUUGAGAAGUUUCUCAACGAGUCUAUGUCAGAUGAGUCCCUCAGUUCCCCACGCCACAAAGCCCCACCCCUAAAAAGCCUGAAGUCCAAGGGUACACUUGAAGGAGCUAGCCGCUUGCCGUGGUGGGCGGAGGAAGAUGAAGAGGAGGAGAAAAGAUCGGCUGCUGCAAGACAAAGCUGGCUCAAACCCAAACAGACGGAAAAGAAAGACAAUGAGUCAACAAGGCAAAAAGAGGGUUACCAAACUGACCCUAAGACACCUGGAGCUGGUCUCUUGUCUACUGAUACCGCUGGUGAGGCUAAAAGCACAGCACUUUCCAUCAGUAAGGAUAGUCUGGAUGAGAGAUCAAGGCAUAAAUCUCCCUCCACUCCAGGAGACUCUGAUGAUGAUCGUGACCAUUCUAAUGUUCAAAGGAAUUCACCAGAGCAAUUUGAGGAUACUUUGACAUUUUCAGAUGAGGCUGGUCAGUCUGGUACCCCUGCCUCAUCAGGCGCCCCGCCCACCCAGACUGCACCCCCUGGACUGGACACCUUGCAAGAGAUGGAAGAGAAGAAAAAGUUCUUUGAGGAGGAGGGCGGAGAUAAGACCUCACCCGAUUAUGGCCAAAAGUUGCAAGAAUUUAGCACAUCAAAACUCACCACAGAUGAAAAAGAAAAAGCUGAUAGACUUCAAGCUACUGGUGUAGAGGUUGGAGACUCCAUAUUCAAUGUAACAGAUGCUGACCACACAGAGGGCGUUACGCAGCAUGACGAUGAGGGGCAUUACAGCGAAGAAUUUGAGGAAUCUCAGGAAGAGUCUGUAGACUCUCAAGCAGCCAUCCAGCACCACACAGAGGUGGAGAGUGAGACAACACAACAACAGGCAAGAGCUCCGGCCACUGUGGACCCAACCAAGCCAAGUUUACUGUCUAAAGUUUCAUUGAUGGACUCGCUUGAUUCCACACUGGACGUCAAGCGCUCACCAAUGAAACGCCCUCCUCUUCCACCGCAAAAAGACACUAAUUUACAAGAUGCCAGUUUGCCCGCUGACCCUGGCAUGGGUACUACAGGCAACUUGUACAGCGGUAACACAGAGACGAUUGCGGAGCUCCAGGCGGCGCUUCAGCAAGCGCAGCUGAACGCGACUGAAACUAGUGAACACAACACCGGUAAAAUCAUUCUUCCGCCAACUCCGACUGUCAUCCAGGGCAUAGACCAAGACUCUACAGAUCUAGGGCAACUAGUGCUUGAAAAAGCCUCUGGCGGCGAGACCAAAUCCCGAGGGUUUGACCUACAACCCGUGGUGAUCACAGACAACGAGCCAGUUGAGAAAACCCUUAAACCGCGCCCCUACAAACCAAACAUCGACAGCGUCGGUAUGACCCUUACGUCAGAUACUUUAGAUUCCGCCUCGCUCCCCGUUGACUGUGCUGGCUUCACCCUCAGACCAUCGGUGGAAGCUAGAGAUAUGCCCCAGGAGGGGUGGGCAGGGGAAAGUGGGGCUCAUUCCGAAGACGAGGACACCCCUCCCCCUGACAGUCUCCGUAGCAUCAAGGCAAAGGCACGGCAGCGCAUGAGUGUGGAGGGGAGUAGAAAAAGCACGGGCAAGGGGGGUUUGACGCUAAGGGAAUCUGGUGAGAGGGUGGAGCCGGCGGUAAAGAGAAGGGAGCCGUCUGGUGGAAAGACUGCGAAGGUGGAACCGGCGGUGAAGAGAAGGGAGACGAAGAACAAGGAUGUGCAGCGCAAGGGCGGGGGUGGCAGGCGAUCGGUUGAGUUGUGGCAGCCAUCUUUGUCUUCCCCGCCUUCUUGGUCUCCUACUCCAAGUAUGCGGAAGAGUAAAAAAAAGGAGAAGCGCCAGUCCUCAUCACGGCCUAAAGACGCAGAUAGCUCGCCCCAGCAUCUUGCAGCCUCUGUUGAAUCAUUCGCAAACUACCUCAAGCACCUUGUGCGACCCGAAGAUGACCAAGAAAACCAACCGCCGACUCCACGAUGGUCGGACGACGAACCAAGGAAAUCCCGAAUGCAUGUUCGGAGCAGUUCGGCGAGCGAUCGGCUGACGAUGCUGUCAAGAGAAAGAACGUUGCAGGAAGAGGCGGAGAAGUGGCAGCAAGCGUGGAAGGACGAGCGGAGACGAAACGACAAGCUGAUCAGCGAUAUAGCCGUGCGUGAGAGGGACUGGAGCAGAGCUGAAGAGCGCAUGCGUCAAGAUUACGAGCAGCAACUGAGUGACUUGAAGCAGGAGGUGUUUUCUCUGACGGCGCGCCUGCGCGAAGAGGAGCAGAACGCUGACAACAGGAAGCGCGUAGCUGCGGGCGGUAAACUAAAGAGUGUUUCGGAGGAAGAACAGAAACGACUUGAGCGAGAGAUACGCGAACAAGAAGAGCUCCUGAAAGGUUAUCAGCAGGAGAACGAGCGACUUUACCGAGACCUCAAACAGCAGCAAGCGAGCAGCAAGGCCACCGAGGGCAGGAUGUUCUCAGAAAACCAGAAACUGGCCACUGAAGUCGCAAACCUCAAAGAGAGGCUUGACCAGCGGACCACAGCUCCCCCAUCAAGAGUACCCGUACCAGGCUCUGCUCUGUUAGGCUCAGACAGAAUCACUCAGCUCCAGUCUCAACUCAGCUCGAUCAAAGAGAGGGAGACCAAACUAAGAGCUGAGGUAGACGAACUGAGAUUGGUAAAUACUCGGUUGGAGACCAGAGUGCGCGCGGCUGAUCGAGAGAGGGACACCGCUGUACAGAGAGCAGAGCAGGCACUCGGUGCUACUUCGCAGGAACGCGAGGACCUUAAGCUCCGCUACGAGGACGAGAUCGAUCGACUUAACCGCAAACUCAAAUGGUACGCGGAAAACCAGCAGCUACUCGAUCAUGACGCUGCCGCGCUCAAGGAGAAAGACAAGGAGCUCAAAGAACUCCGGGAGACCGUGAGCCGCCUGCGCGCCCAACAGGGGUCAGCGGCAACUGAGCGGAGGCAGAGGAGCGCAGAACGCUCGAGCGACGCUAAGAGGAUACAAGACCUUCAAAGACAGGUUAAAGAAAUGGAAGAGAUCAUCAAGCGACGCUACCCCAACUCGUUACCAGCCCUCAUAUUCGCCGCGGCCUCGGCCCCAGGCUCUGCUCAACCGAGCAUGCCUGAGACCUCCCCUGUCAAACAAUCGCCGUCAUACGUCUUCCUGGAAAACCGCGUAAAAAAACUAGAAAAGGAACUGGAAGAAAACGACGAUGAGGCCAAUAAAAGAAUUCGCGCGAUCGAACAGAAAUAUAACGCCAUGCGAUUCGAUUAUGACGAGCGAGUCAAAAGCCUGGAACAGGAACUUGCCGCCGCAAAUGAAAGAGUUAAACUCUCAGUCCAUCCACGCAAAGCGCAUGCCCAGGCCCUGGAGCAGGAGUUUGCCGCUGCUCAGGCGGGUGAUCGAAGGCGCAUUGCGGAACUUGAAAGCGAGGUUGGCGUGCUUCAGGAUGCUCUUGCUCAGGCCUCCUCGCUCAAAGCUCACCAGGAUAAAGGCAAAAGGAAAACCAGCGAACCAGAGCGUCCAACAAGUCAGCUGAACAAGCAACUUGACGACGCCAAGAUCGAAGCUCUACAGAAACAACUGAGCGAGAAAAACAGAGAGAUACUAGACCUCCAGCAAACUUGUGAGAGGCUGAGGACUGAAAAACUGGCACUAGUACCACAGGCAGACCAAACAUUACCACAGGCAGCCCAGUUGGAAGAGGAGAAUAUGAGGCUGAGACGGCGACUGGCCGAGCAGGGACUGGACAUGGAGCAAAUGAGACUGAGGCUCCAAGCGUCUUUGGCAGAGUCAGAGCGCAUGACAAGGCAAGCACAGGACGACGCCGCUGACCAACUAGAAAAGGUCAAAAGCAAGCAUCAGCAAGAGCUGGCUCAGAUACGUGCAGAAUUUGCGGUACGUCACUCGAACUCGCGGGUCGCCGAGCUUCAAAGUAAGAUGGCGAGUCUGGAGAUAGUGAUUCAGAAGCUAAGGGACAAACUUGCCGCUAAGAGCGGGUCUAGCGACGCCUUAGCAGCGGCAAAGGCACGCGAAGAGAAUCUCAAGCAACAGAUCGAGCGGCUUAACGAAGACCUGCGUAAAGCCAAGGAGGAGUUUACCCCCGAAAUGCGGCAUUUUGAUGCAUUGCAGUCAAAAAUAGCAGCCAUGGAACUGCGCUUUACUCAGAGGGAAGAGGAUUUAAAUAGAAUUAUCAACACAGCGCAGAUAAAAUCCGGAAUGGAGAAAGAGGAAUCGGACUCUAGAUGGAGACAGAUCGUGAAUAGAAAGAAUCAAGAAAUUGAGAGAUUUCGCGAAGAGCUUGAUAUGAUAUUGGAAGCGCUAAAGGAACUUAAAAGACAAGGGGUUAUACUACCUAACAUGACCGACGGGCUACCGAGUUGACCGUAAAGGCAGGGUAUUAAACUGCCUAAUAAGAUCGGGUUACCGAGUUGAUUGUUAGAAUUUAUGGUAGGGGAGGGAUGGGGGGAGGGGGGGGUACGGAGUUAAGACAUGACCUUAUCAGCAUUAACGGGUACUCAAGAGACAUUUUUGGGACAGUAAGUUCAACAUAAAAGCUUUCUUCGAUGGAGAAUGAUUUACAAAGGGUUGUAAACAAGCAAAUUUAUUUAUGGCAUUGUCUGAAACAAUCGAUGCCACUGGAGGUAUCCGAGAAUAAACAAUGGACGCGGACAAUCCCAUGCACACGUUAUUGUCAUACUGUUGGACUAAUAUGACUCGUAAAGGAUAGGUCUUUCUGUGUAGAUUACUCCUCGUGAACUUUUGAGUAUCUGUUCCGAAAAAUACCUUUCGGAGUGAUUUCUCAGUGUGUUACAGAGAAAAGGUGUAAAAUCAACGACAACAUGUAAGUUAUUUUCAAAGUUUUAUCUUUGCUUUCCAAAUGUUGUAUAAAUGAGAUACAAUAAUCAAAUGCUUUUGACAGAUAUUUACAGCAUAGUCAUCUUCUGCAUCAAUGAAUCAAAAUCAAGAGCUCGUGUUA